GGCGGCCGUGUUCGCCGCAUCCUACCUGCUGAUCUUCCUGCUGUGCAUGCUGGGUAACGCCCUAGUUUGUUUCAUGGUGCUUCGGCGCAGGAGCAUGCGAACCGUCACCAACUUGUUCAUCCUCAACUUGGCUGUCAGUGAUUUGCUGGUGGGCAUCUUCUGCAUGCCCACCACGCUGGUGGACAACAUCAUUACAGGAUGGCCUUUUGGGAACCUCGUGUGCAAAGUAAGCGGGACGGUCCAGGGAAUCUCCGUGUCGGCGUCCGUCUUCACGCUGGUGGCCAUCGCCGUCGACCGGUUCCGCUGCAUCGUUUACCCUUUCAAGCAGAAACUGACCAUCGCCACGUCCAAGCUGAUCGUCACCGUCAUCUGGGUGCUGGCGGCAACCAUCUCAUGCCCGUCGGGCCUUACGCUGCACGUGGCCCACGAGCCCAGCGUGCGUAUCGUCCUGCGGCGACGCCAGGACAGCCGCCCCUUCUACUGGUGCCGCGAGAACUGGCCCAGUCCGGACAUGCGCAAAGUCUACACCACCGUGCUCUUCGUCAACAUCUACUUGGCCCCGCUCACCCUCAUCGUCAUCAUGUACGCCCGCAUCGGAGUGGCGCUCUUCAAGAGCGAGGCGGCGGGGGCGUCUCUGAGGAGGGACGGGCCGGGAGCCGGCACGGAGGUCCGGCAGACCGUCUCCAGGAAGAAGAAGCGAGUGGUGGUCAUGCUCUUGGUGGUGGCGCUGCUCUUCGCCCUGUCCUGGCUGCCGCUGUGGUCGCUGAUGAUGCUGAGCGACUACGGCAGCCUGAGCGAGGGCCAGCACCGCGUGGUCAACAUCUACCUGUACCCACUGGCUCACUGGCUGGCCUUCUUCAACAGCAGCGUCAACCCCAUCAUCUACGGCUUCUUCAACGAGAACUUCCGCCGAGGCUUCCAGGCCGCCUUUCGAUUCCAGCUGUGCGCCGUCGUCACCGAGCACCAGAGGAGCUUUUCCCCUCGCGUCCGCGGCAACGGCGUCCCCCCGAUACGGCUCGCUUCUAUGGGGGGGAUCGGGCCCGGCGGGAGGGGUCGGGAGGCCUCGAGAGACCACGUAGGAGACCAGUACGUGACCGGGGAGGCUCGCUAGCUUUCCUAGACCAAAGACAUGGUCCUGAAAGCAAUUGCAGUGU